UUCAAGGAUCAUGACUGCAUCUUUUCUUCCCUUAUUGAAUAUAUCGUAGUCUCAGAUGUGGGCAUACUUUUGUUGCACCCUCCUGUCUUAGAACUAGGGAGAAUCCACUGCUGUCCCCUUUGCGGACAGUUUUGGCUGUGGGUGUCAUUGGCUUCAAGGGAAUCUGAUGCGAAGACCUCCAGGAGAUGCUUUUCCUCGAGUCUGCUGGCAGAGCUGUGCCGAGGCUGCUAUCGACACAGACCAUGAUCCUCCUGCCGCUGAUGUUGAGUCUCGGCUUGCACCUUCAUCAUAUAGCAGCUUUAUUCACAGUGACAGUCCCUAAGGAAGUGUACACGGCAGAGUUCGGCAGCAACGUGAGUCUGGAGUGUGAUUUUGACCGCAGUGAAUGCACAGAGUUUGGAGAAAUAAGAGCCAGCUUGCAGAAGGUAGAAAAUGAAACCUCUUGGCCGAGUGAGAGAGCCACCCUUCUGGAGGAGGCUCUGCCACUAGGGAAGGCCCUGUUCCACAUCCCCAGUGUCCACAUGAGAGAUGCGGGGCAGUACCGCUGUCUGGUCAUCUGCGGGGCUGCCUGGGACUACAAGUACCUGACGGUGAAGGUCAAAGCUUCUUACAAGAAGAUAGACACUAGGAUCCUAGAGAUCCCAGGGACAGGGGAGGUGCAGCUCACCUGUCAGGCUAGAGGUUACCCCCUGGCAGAAGUGUUCUGGCAAAACAUCAGUGUUCCUGCCAACACCAGCCACAUCAGGACCCCUGAAGGCCUCUACCAGGUCACCAGUGUCCUGCACCUAAAGCCCCAGCCUGGCAGAAACUUCAGCUGCAUAUUCUGGAAUGUUCACAUGAAGGAGCUUACGUCAGCCAUCCUUGGCCCUCUGGGCUGGACUGAACCCAAGGUCCCCAGAGCAUCACCACUUCAUGUUUUCAUCCCAUCUUGUAUCAUGGCUUUAAUCUUCAUAGCCACAGCGAUAGCCCUGAGAAAGAAGCUCCAUGGAAAGCUGCGUUCUAGACAUAGAUCUGGACCUGUGGCCUUGGGGGUUGGGAUCAUCUGAUGGGACACCCUCAAGAGGCUCUGGACUCUGAGUGAGGAUCCCUUGGUCUGCAGAACCUGCCGUUUGCACUUUUCAAAUGCUUUGAAUCAUGACCGAGCACUUCCAUGAGGAACCUGCCAGACUGACAGCCUCCUGGGUCUCAAGACUCCAUCUGAACCAGCACAACCGCACUUUAGAAAGUCAGCCCUGGGAUCCUGGACCCCAGAGAGGGACCGAGGGGUCUCUUGGCCACCAGCCUGAGAGUAAAAAGAAUUGUUUUCCCCUGGCUUUCCAUGGGAAGACGUGGAAAUUUCCAGUUACUAAAACAGACUGUCAUAGAGUUAUUUAUAUCUGUCAUUUCCUCUGGGGGCUGGAAACUCCAGACGGUUUUAUGUAAACAAAGUCAUAACUGGUGGUUUGAAGCUUCCUAGAAUCCUGGCAGACUCUGAAUUUCUAAAUAACAAGAGGAAGCAGCUAAGCAGAUUUUGAGUACACAAUCACAGGAUAAGUCUUUGUUUAGACUCCUCUUUUUUAAGGUCUGAGUCACAAGGCAUUUGUUUUAACCUGUACUGUCACAAUGUUUGCUAGUGUUUUCUCUUUCACCUACAUCUUUCCUUAAAACAAAAGGUUAUAGAGUUUUGCUGAUGUUUUGUUGUUGUUGUUUUUCAUUGGUAUCACCUUAAGGAAAAAUGCCAUGCCAACGUGUUGUGCCUUCAGAGAUUUCAGAUGAGUAUCAAUAAUGUGCUGUUCCCCAAGCUAAGCCCACUGUGUGAUUUUGCAGUGAAACUUCUAGUAGCUGUUUCUACAGCUGUAAUGUGGUGAUGUCAUUAGUUAGGGCAUUUGAUGAUGGGCAUUCUGGAAGUUCUUCCAGACCUCCUUGUGCUCGGGUUACAUACAGGUGCUAAAUUUGGUCUGUAUGCUAGAACCAUGAAACUCAGUGAAUUUACUGACCUGCGAACUACCCAAAUGUACGCAUUAGCUACUAUGGCAGCUGUAGGUUAGUGAGUCUGCAGCAAGCUCUUCACCCAGUGUUUAGACUGAUUUUGGAGUUGAUGGGGUGAAAAGGUUUAAAGGUGAUACUUAGAUGAUGCAUCUGUAGCAGAGGUUCUCAGACUACCAGCCCCCAAAUCAUGACAUGGAAAUUUAUGGUUAGUUAUGGAUUCUCAGCCUUAAGUUAGGCUUGUUUCUGGCUAGCUUAAAAAAAAACCUAAAUUAACCUGUUUCUUUUCAUCUGUUUUUUUUUUAACCUGGAAGCUUUCCCUUCCUUUCAUUCUGCAUUUCCUACUUUCCUGUUCCCUCCAUGGCUGGAUGGCCGAUGUCUGGCUGGACCCUUGCAUCUCCUUCUCCUUUCUCCUCCUUUUUCUUUUGUCUGGAGUCUAGAUUCCUCCUCUUAUGUCUGCUCUCUGCCCACCAGCCCCACCUAUCCCUCUACUGCCUAGCUAUUGGCUGUUCAACUUUUUAUAAAAUUAAUCAGAUGCCUUAGGCAGGCAAGAUGAAACAGCAGCAUAUCGUUACAUAAUAUCCCACAACAUAAACAAAUGUAACACAUCUCUACCUCGUUGAAGCAACAUUCUCCAACCUGGGUCUUAACUCUAUCAUCUUCUGCCUGCACAGAACAGAGAAUGCCUGCGAAGCACAAAUCUCUGAGGUGUAUUUAGAUGCCUUUGCAGCAAGAUGGGUCUCUCACUGCUUCCAUGCCAUAGCCUAAGAUUCCUGUUGGGGAAGCAGACCCUCCCAGUACCAGAGAGCAGGGCAGACAGAAAAGUCUUUCUGGGUUUACAGACUCACUUAUGCUGGACCCCACCUCUCAGAUGCAUGAUUGGCAGGCCGAAUCCUGAUUGCCAAUCAGGGUUGAGUGGUUUGCUUUCUUUAUUAGGAAUCAGUGGUAUAAUGGAUUCUGACAAAAUAUUGCCAUCUUUGGCCCUUGCUGGGGCUGUUUUCUAGGAUAUCAAAUGGAGAAAGGCCAUCUAGAACCAAUAUCCUAAAAUCCUAAGAGGCCAUAAGGUCGUAAGUGCAGUGUGUUAACUGUUUAAAUGUGUGUGUGACCUCUCACAUUAACCCCUGACAUUUACCAAAUACUUACUAGGUACCAUAUACUAUGAAGCCUUUUACACACUAUUGGAGUGACUUCUCUCAAAAAUCCUCUGAAAAGGGAACUAUUAAUUAUGUCAUUCUUUAGGCAAGGAGCCAAGAGUCCAGAGAGGUUAGACAGUCUGUCCAGAGUUACCUGCUUUAUUGAAAAGGAAGUGAGCAAGGGCAUCAAACCCAUAUUUAUUACAGUCUUUAAUGUGCCCUCAUUUCCCUGGAUGGGACUUCAAGGUGGACUUUUGCCACUUGCAUAUGCCCAGUGGUAUUUUGACUGAUCAAGGAUUAAUUUCACACCCACUCUUCCUGGGGAGAUGCAAGAAAUAUGUGUAGGGAAAGUCCAGGUUUGUGGGCCCAGGGUUCAAACUCUAGCUUAACUAUGUAAGUCUUUAGAUCCAUCAGCUGACACCCUUAAGCAUUAAUUUCCCUAUCUGAAAGUAAACGAAUGAUGCUUAUUGCUUUUCUUUACCAGGCACUAUUGUGUGUGGUGUGCAAUGAAUACUUGUUAAGUGUGGGUCAGUGUGAAUCCCCCAACAUACCAGCUACUGUCUCCGAAGCAAAGGCAGCACAGCAUUCAGGCAUUACCAGCUGAUUUAUCAGCACCAGAUUUCUCCUAGUUCCAUUCCUAAAGAAACUUCCAGCCUAAAUAUGUUGCAUAAGCUUUCAGUCCCAGGAACUCCUACACAGGCCUCAACAGUCAAAGUGCUCACUGGUCUCCUGUGUCUUAUAAAGUCUCCUUCACCUACAAUGCCUCAUUUCUGGAACCUCAAAUCUUCCUGGGAAAAGUCUGUCCAUGAUUUAAUCAUUACUUGGACCUGUUCUAGGAGAUAUACUCUUUGUAAUUUUCCUCCAACUGGUUGUGAUCUCUCUCUCUCUCUCUCUCUCUCUCUCUCUCUCUCUCUCUCUCUCUCUCUCUCUCUCUCUCUCUCUCUCCCUCUCUCCCACUCAAGUACACACAUGUUUUCAUUUUUAAACUAAGGGGACUAGAGUACACAUUUUAUCUCCCUGCUCUUGGACUCCUAGAAGGCAGAGAACUCUUCCCAUUCCCAUAGUACCUUGUAGGAGAUAGGUACUUUGUACAUGAUUGACUCUGAGCAUCUUUACAUAUUGAGGAUAAAAUUAUAUUCAUUAGUCUAACUUUAUGACCUUAAUGUGAUUAGCUAAAAAGUAAAUAAAGACAAUUUUAAAUACUUAAUUAAAUAUAAUCAUGUCACUUCUGUCCUUCAUUUUCUUGCCUCCAACCCCUCCCAUGGCCCCCACACUCUCUCUCAAAUCAAUGGCUUCUUCUUUGAAUAUUAUUGUUACUUAUGUAUACAUAUAAAUAUGUAAAUACAACUUCCUGAGUCUCUUAAGUGUUGUUUAUGUUUUUAUGAUUUCAAAGUUAACCACUCUGUAUUGGAUAAUCAGUUAGGGGCUCAUCACUGGGAGAUGCAACCUCUUCUCUUAGAAAUCAGUAGUUACCUGUAGUUCUCUGUCUAGGACUGGUGAUCUGUGAGACCUUCCCCCUCCAUGUUAGCUACUCUAAUUGGUGGUGUCGUUGUUCAGCUCUUACUAAGGCAGCCAUAUCAUUGAAGUAUCCUGGAUGUAGCUUCCCAUUCAUUUCUGGGAGACACAAUUUCACAGCAGACUUCCUGGUCUUGCCAUCCUACUAUUACCUCUUUCAGGAUGUUCCUUGAGUUUUGCAUGCAAGAGUUCUAUUGUAUCCAUUAGGUCUGGGCACCCAUGAUCAGUAUAUCUCUGAACAUAUAAAGGCAUGACAGAGCACAAAGCAAACCUUCAUAUAAAAGUCACUGUCCCACUGCAUGUCUUUUAAUGCUUUAAAAAGUGAAUGUGAACCAAGUAUUUUCCUUGGAAAUUCUAGAGCACUGUCUAAGUUCUGCUUGGUGUAGUGUGGUUUUGUUCUAUUGCUUUCCUUGGGGUGGUUACCUCAACAGGGAUUUGUAGAGAAGGUGAACUUGCCAAGCUUUUCAGCCAUACCCCGUUUCCAGAGGUCUUUAUAUUUGCAUUGCUACUGGAAUACUCUUCCACUGCUGGUAUGCUUAAAGCUUCACUUUGCCAAUAUAACAGACUACAGCAAUGACACUUUUAGAUUUUCCUGUUUUGGUCACCCAUAGCUUUACUCCUAAACCAGCAUUCUUCCUGUGGCCACCAUUAGAAUUAGCAUCUAUUAGACUCUUCCCUUCCCUGCUCAGCCUCUUGCUCAGUGCUUUGUUUACUCUAUAACUUAAUCAUUUUGAUAUAUUAUUUAGCUUUUAAGCUACAAUGUCUUCACCUAUAUAUGAACAUCCUAAGAAUAACACCCCUCUCACUGGAAUAUCAGAGGAAAAUUAUGUAUAACUGAUUUUUUAAAACUUUCCGAGAAAUGUGUAUCCCUUUCUUUUAACAAAUAUGAAUUGAGAAUGAAUAAAUUAUGUAAUUUUUGAACAA